CAUCAGUCCACUGUGAAAAUUCCGACGACUAAUGAGCCUACUACCUACCUAACUUAUUACUGCAUCAAUCCAAGAUGGUUACUUCCGACUCUCACUCUAGUUCUUCCCCUCCCGGGAUAUCCUCCAACAAUAUUGACGCGUAUGCUCUCUUUGAGGCUCUCACAGGUCAUAAGAUGGAUAGGCGAUCAAUACCUUCUCGAACCAUGUCUGAAGACUACGAGGAUCUUGGAAACGAGGAUGAUGAUAGCCCUCUACUUGGUCAGGAGCCUUCUCCCGAUGAACCACCCAAAGAAGUUAACAUCGGUGCGAUCAACCCCUAUGCCCUAGUCGAAGCUAUGAUUGGCCAUAAGCUGGACCGCCACGCACUGUCCACUUCGCGUAUCAUCUCAGACGUCUUGCAGACCGAUUAUGAAGAGCUUUUCGACUUGAAGCACAAGUCAGUCCUCUUUGCUGGCCUUAAGCUCAAUGAGCAGGAACGACGAGCCGAGGAGUUGCCUGAGAAUGAGAUCAAGAUUCUUGAGGAGCGAGACCUUGUCACACCAGACCUAUCACGUGUUAAAACUCUCAAUGACCUGGAAAAGAUUGGUCUCAAGGAGGUCGGAGAUAUUCGAAUCAAGAUGGCUCGUAUGCAGAACGGAAAACUCCGUCUCAUACUUGAUGGCCAGUCGCUAGGUAGAACGGUUGGCAACGACGAUAUCACCGAGACGAUCAACGAUCUCGUCCUCCCCUUCCGCCAUAAUAAGGAGGAUCGCGAAUGGGCCCCUCCAAACAGUUCUUGGCGCGACAUGAAUGAAGCCCUCUUCCGGAGCAUCCCCCGCCGAUUCAUGAUGGACGGACCCCCAUUCGCAUUCACCCGCAACUUCCACGAGCAAUACCAGCACCGAUUCGAUGACCCAACCCAGGGCGCAGCAAGCAACUGCUGGCUGAUCGCCGCCAUCUUCUCCGUGUUCUGGUCCAACCCAGCCAUGAUCAACCGAUCAACACGCAUGCUCUCCUCGCCAAUGGAACGCAGCCGACGAACGCUCUCCGUGAAAUUCCACGAUAAAGGCGGGCGCAACAACGCGGAAACCGACACCGUCGAAGUGGACUACCAGAUUCCCGUCAACAACUCAACCGACAUGCCCAUCUACGCGCGCUCCAGCGACGGCUUCGAGGCCUGGCCCGCGCUCUACGAGAAAGCGUUCGUGAAAUGGAUGACGGGCUCCCAGGACCGCAGCCGCGUCGACCUAACACAGGCCCACAACGGCGACCCCGUCAAAGCCAUGGCCCAGAUCAACGGCCGCGAACCGCGCUACUACUUCACAGACCGCCACUCCGCGGCCGAGCUCGCGGGUCUCGUGCGCGCGUGCAGUGUUAACAAGCGCACUAUCAGCCCCAUGGCGGCUUGGACGCACGCUACCGGCGACAUGUUCCGCGGGAGCAAUUUGGUUGCGAACCAUGCUUACUCGGUCCUGGGCUGGGUUAGCGAGGGCCAGGAGGAGAACCAGUAUAUCAUUGUCCGCAACCCCUGGGGCGUUACUGAGCCCCGCGGCUUGACGUCCUAUCCGGGGCUUUUGGACCGUGUUGAGCCGGAGUACUGGCCUCCUGCUGCGCUGCUUGACCGUGAUGGCGUGUUGAGUAUUGAGGUUCAGACUUUUAAGAAGUGUUUUGCUUGUAUUGGUGUGGCGAAGUGA